CCGGUGCCACAGUUGACUUUGCUGAGUCAGGCUGACUUGAAGAGACUUCCAGUAAAACCCUGUGACUAAACUAAAGAAGACUGAAACCUGAGUGAAACCUGACUUGCUGCUGGAGGCUGAAGAUUGAAGUGCAGAGAGAAAUUGACGGAGCUCGAGUCGAGUCCUCCAGAAAAGUGUUGCAGAUCAGAACCUCGCUGGUUGAGAUCAUACUUACUCAAGGCUGUAGAGAUGCAGGAAACAGGCUUCUUCACCCAAAGGAGAGCAGCAGUAGCGCUGUGCAUUGUGCUGCUUGUGCUGGCUCAGCAGGUGUGUGCAGGUCCACUGGUGCCGCAGGUCCAGUCCAGUCCGGACCAGAGGGCAGCCUCAAACGGGGUCCGCACACUGAGGAGGAUAGCUCGGAUGACCCCGCUGUGGAGGAUCAUGAACAGUAAACCGUUUGGAGCUUACUGCCAGAACAACUACGAAUGCUCCACAGGAAUCUGCAGGGCGGGACACUGCUCUGCCAGCCACCGCGGCCCCUCAGAGACCGUCAACUACUAGACGUCCCCGGACUCAACCAGCGUGUUUACAUCAGUGUACAGCCGUAAUCCUUCUCAGAACUGGGGAUAUGCACUCAUCCAGGCUUUUUUUUAAAUAUUUAUAUGUUCCAAUAUGUUUCUGAUAAUAUCUAAAUGUUUAUAUUCAUUUACGCAGCAUGUCGAGGGGGAAUCACUGCUCCACUUCUUCAUCAUUUAGACUUUUAUACUCGGUGGUUUUCAAAAAAGGGUGAAAAACCACUUAAAAAUAUGUGUUUUGUACUGUUUAUGGACCAAAAUCUUUCAGCCCUGAACUCAAAGCAACUGCAACGAUUCACAAUGAAAACAUGUUGCUCUUUCUGCCAGUUACAGCCUCCACAAGUCUGAUGUCUUCUUGGUGAAGUCAGGCCUUGAAACAAUGUUUUAAAAAUGAUUAACACGCUUUAAAAAUAGAGCUGCGCAACUGUUGAGGCCCAAAGCUUCCUCCCAGAAUAGAAAUGUAAUUUUUUUUUUUGCCUGAAACAGAAACAUCUGGUAACUUUGCGACUCUUCAUCUGUUGUUUUAUUGUGUCGUAACAGAUAACAGACGGAGCGAGGGAGCAGCGUGAGCCUUCAAAAAAAGCUCCUGACCUUUUACGUCUCGUGUCGUGUUUGAUAAGUUAUCACUUGAAUGUGUCUCCAGAGAGUCCAAUCAUUCCACUGAUAAUGUGCGACAUGGAGACACGUGCUGCCCCUUUAAGGACCCAAAAAGAGAGUUUAGGUUUAGUUUAUAAUUCCUGCUUCUAUUAUAGCAAAAAUGUAUCUUAAACCCAAGAACUGGUUGAAAAUGUGCAGCCAUUACACACAAAAAUUAACAUUUCGUCUACUAAAAUCAUCCAUUAGCAGGUGCCAUUUCCUCUAUAUUUCGCUGAACCUCAAUACCGGUGGCUUUUGAAUUUCCUAAACUAGGCUAGCUAUGGAUUCUCAAUCUUAAAUAAGAAAAGGCAUGGACACAUAUUCUAAGCUUAAUCUACGGUGAGAAAAUUAGCAUGAUAAGGCUCAAAUACGUUCUUUUUUUGGCCAGAAAUUGCUCUUUUGCUUAAAGAUUGCUGAUCCCUGAGCUAAAUUAUAACUUGUAUAUCAAAAUCUAUUGAUAACCAGCAGGAAUAGAGCAGCAGUACCACAAAUUAGGCGUUGAUCAGUCGUAACUGUACCCUUGAACGCCACUUUCAGUUUGCGACUCAACAAUCACGUCGAUCCAAACACACCGCACAGUGUCGACUUUAGAUUUGUCAGUAAUUGUCGAGUCGUUGGUAUCAAACCAGCCUUAGAAACCCCCCAAAUAACAUGCUUGAUUUCCCCUCAACAAAGCACCCAAACAAUCAUGUAAACUGUGCGAUCAGCCGCCCCCGACUCCCCGACUCAAAGUGAAACCCAAACGGAGCAAAAAGGGCAAAGAGAAGGAGCAGAGGUUACAAAGUACUGACGCGAUACUCGAGCAUCCUGAACUGUUUUUAUUUUGGUUUUUAUUCUUCUCUGAAAAGUUGCAUGAGCUUCAUAUUCAUCACAUUAUUCAUGAUAUAUAGCGACGCAUGCAUACUGAUUUUAUUUAUUUUAUCCUUUGUUUAAAAUAAUGUACCAAUUUCCAAUUUCAUUUUUAAAUAUAUAUAGAUAUUUGUUUAUGAUAUUUUUAAAUGGUUUGUUUUAGAAUAAUCAAUCAUCCCGACUGGACUGAACUUUAUCCAUCUACUCGCUCGAUCUUAAUUAACAAAUAUCCUUUUUUUUUCGCACAUCCAUCUCCUCAAAUUAAUAAGUGAUCACAGACUUUGCUUCGACUCGCCUGCAUCGUUUACUUCAUGCACAGAAGAGCAGGUGGUUGCUGAUAUUUUCGUAUACUUAGCAUGUUUGAGAAAUGUUUGAGCAGGAUUGCACUUUUUUUAAAACCCAAAUUAUCUUUGUACUGUGUUCUGUCUACUGUAUGUAAUGUGUUACCUACAUGUAGAAGGCUGGAGAGGGGGAAAAAGUGGAAAUAAAUCUUUGGGAAAAAUUGAA